AUGAGCUACUUGUCUAAAGCAGAUAAGAAACCUCAUACUGAUGCUGGGUAUCGUGUUACUGAGGACAAUAUUUCUGCUAUUGAUUUUGGUACUACAUCAGUUUCACUGGCUUAUACUACCAAAGGAGAUCAACAAUUCACCACUCUUCGUCUAGAUGCAGAAGAAAGAUCGACCAGGGUACCUAAUGUUAUCCUGCUAAAAAAAGAUGGAUAUAAAAUAAGUGUUGAAGCAUUUGGAGCAGAUGCAAGGAAAAAGUAUGGAUCACUGAGGUCUGGAGACUAUGCAAAUUUCAUUUAUUUUGAGAGAAUAAAGAUGUUGAUGAGAAGGGAGCAGGCAGUUGACAGACAGACAUUAGUUGAGUCACUUUCUGGGGAAAAGUGUUAUCUCGUUGAAAUCAUCGCAUUCAUAAUCCAGUAUUUGAAGGAUCAAUUGAUAGAUCACCUUUCACAUACUAUCACACCAUUGAAGACAACAGAUUUUGAUUGGGUCAUUACUGUACCUGCUAUAUGGGAUGCACGAGGAAAAAGAAUGAUGAGAGAAGCUGCUUACUUGGCUGGUUUGCUGACAGAGUCUGGUGGCAUUAAGCAUUUAACAGGAGAGUCUUGUAGCCCUCUUCCACCUCCAGAUGAAGUUAAUCCUGACAAGCUGUCAUUAGCACUAGAGCCAGAGUCAGCAGCCAUUUAUAGCCAAGAAGUAACAGGAGAACAAAUAAAAUGUGAUCCAUCAAAAGCAGCUAUCAGUCGUCCUACAGAAUACAUGGUGAUAGACAUAGGAGGAGGUACCAUUGAUAUCACUGCUCAUACUGAAAUCUUUGGCUGUAUUCGAGUAAAUAAUACCCCAAACGGUAUUGCAUGGGGUGGUACUCAGGUCAAUGAAGCUUUCUCUGAGUUGCUUCAAAGCCUUGUGCGUGAUCCUGAUUAUAAAAAGUUUCUAGCUUCUGGAGAGCAAUCCAAGCAAAUGGCAAUAAUCAAUAGCAUAUUGUAUGAUGAAUUUGAGAAUCAAAAAAUUGUAUUUGGGCAUCGCAAAAGUAAGGAAAUAGUUGUGAAGCUCCAACCCAAGUUUGCCACCUAUUACGAUAAUGAAAUAGUUGCAGAAGUAAAGAAAUUUAAAGGCAUUGAAUAUGAAAGUGACACAUUAAGGAGGAUUAAAGUAAGUCAAAGCAAAAUCGAUACAUUUUAUCUUGUUGGUGGAUUUGGUGGCUGUAAGUAUAUUCAUGAGAAGGUCAGUGCUGCUAUAAAAAAGGUGAAAGGUAGUCACUGCAAUGUCAUUGUACCAGUUGAUCCUCAUCUUGCAGUUGCUACAGGAGCUGCAAUGUGGCGUAAAAAUCCAGAAAUAAUUAAAGCAAGGCGAUCUGAUGCUACCUAUGGAAUAUCAAUGGCUAUCCCUUUCAGCUCAGAGAAACAUGAUGAGCAUUAUAAGUACUAUGAUAAUGAAGACAAGAUAUAUCGAUGUAAAGAUGUGUUUUGUGUCUUUUUGGAGGAAAGUGAGAUGGUUAAAACAAAUGAAGUUAUUAGUACAUCUACGAGGCCAAUGAGCAAGGCAACUGAACAGAUGUUCAUCAAAAUCUAUUCAACACCCAACACUGGCGUCCAAUAUGUAGUUGACAAGAGAGGAAACAGCACAGUUACUAAAAUUGGCCAAAUAGUCAUUGAUGUUCCUAACCCUGAUAAGUUGCCUGAAUUUCGGCGUACGGUUGAUACAACAAUGGAUUUCAGCGGUACAGAGAUACAAGCUAAGGCAAAGUAUCAUGCUACUGGAAAGAAGUUAAAACUGUUUGUGACUUUCUUUCUGCUCAAUACUGAGGACAAAAGUUUUAAAAUUUUUAGUAAUAGGCUUUUGAUAGUUUUUCCUUGUUGCAUGGACUACUAG